AUGGAGGUGACACUGGACGUCGAACUGCGAUGUACAGCGGAGGUUGGGCGACGACCUUUGGUGAAAGCUAAGCUGGCCGUGGCAUGGCUGCUUAGUUUGGGAAAAAAUCUUUUCGCCACUCCAGCAUAUUCACUGCCUCAGUACCCUGCACAUUGGGCCCUGCCGUCUCAGACGUCCGACGGUAUGCCAACCGAUGAGAGGCGAUCAAAUCUAGGGUUGGUCAGGACGUCUUUGAUUCUGGACCAAGGCGACAGAUGCACAACUCGCCAAGGAGACUGUCUCAGACUGUGUACUUACAACGCGAGAUCAGUGUCCACAGAUGUUGACCUGCACGCCCUUCUCAGAGCUGCGGAGCGUAUCGAAUUUCACGUGAUUGCUCUGCAGGAGACCAAGUGCAGAAGGAACGACGUACGACAGAUGAAUGACGGUACACUUGUCAUUCGUGGAGAGAAAGUUCCGUCGCGAAAUGUAGGCGGUGUUGGUUUUGUUGUGCACCCAUCUGUCGUCCAUCUUAUCGAUUCUCACGAGAUCCUGCCACCUCGUCUGGCCAUUCCUCGCCUCCGCCCUCUGCGCCAAAAAUCCAUCAGUAUCAUCAACUGCUACUCACCAACAUCAGCAGCUGAUGAAUCCGAAUUGGACGCGUUUUACGAGGAGCUGGAGGAAGUAGUCCGCAACGAGAAGUCCUUCUACAAAUUGGUUGUCGGAGACUUCAACGCAAAACUAGGAAAGGCCACAAAAGAGGAAUACAGGAUUGGAAGAUUUGGACUAGGGGACCGGAAUAAAAAUGGCCAUCGUCUCGCCGGGCUGUUGUCCGCCGCUCGCCUCUUUCAUGGGAACUCUCUUUUCAUGGAAAAAGAUCUUCGUCGGUGGACAUGGGAAUCGCCCAAUGGUGCGACUCGUGCGGAGAUCGACCACAUACUCACCAACCGGAGGUGGUGUCUACUUGACGUCUCAGUAGUACCAUCCUUUUGUAGUGGUUCUGAUCACCGUCUCUUUCGUGCGAAAAUACGGCAGCCACACGAUGGAAAAGAACUUCUGCUAUCGGCAACGAAGGAGAAAAGAAGUCGUCUACGAACGAUUGCGUACUUGAGGACUCCGUGUCCCAAGAACCAUCAAGGAAUUGUUGGAAAGAAGAAGGGCUUCGAGGCUGCGAAUGCAUCGCACAUUGAGCGGCAGAAGAAGAUUCUGGAAGCAGCACAAAGAAGAACGAGUCUAAAGAAGUGUCGCAGAGAUCUCCGCGAAUAUAAUAUUCCGCUAGCAACCUUGCUAAGCCAAGACGGGACUCGCACGUCUUCUCGUCGUGAGAUGGAAAUCAUUGCGGAGAGGUUCUACUCGAACCUUUUCCGUUCAUCAACUCCUGUGUCAAGCCCGAUCAUCCCCACUGGUGAAGCUCCACCACGGAUUCUCCCUUCGGAAGUACGAGUCGCUAUCAAGAGCAUGAAACCUAACACAGCCCCCGAACCUGAUUUUAUAUCAGCAGACUUUCUUCGGGCUGGUGGCAUCAACUUCAUGUAA